AUGAACAAUCAGACUCUGGUGACAGAAUUCAUCCUUGGGGGCUUCUCCAGUAACCCAAAGAUGCAGUCUUUCUUCCUUGGUCUCUUUUCCAUCAUUUACAUCAUAACUCUACUGGGAAACCUGGUCAUAUUCUCCCUUAUCUGCCUGGAUCCUCACCUCCAUACACCCAUGUACUUCUUCCUCAGUAAUUUAUCUGUCUUAGACAUAUGUUACUCUUCCAGCACGAUCUUCCACUUGCUGUCCAACUUCCUAUUUCAGAGAAGAACUAUAUCCCUGGUUGGUUGUGCAGCCCAAAUGUAUCUGUUUCUGGUCCUAGCGACCACAGAAUGCAUCCUCCUUUCAGUCAUGGCAUAUGACCGAUAUGUAGCUAUAUGUCUCCCAUUGAAUUACACAGUGAUUAUGAACCAGAGGACACGUGUCACACUAGCAAUGGUCUCAUGGGGUAGUGGCUUGGUAGUGCCAGUACCAUUUACUGUCCUGACAUGGAGACUGCCAUUCUGUGGCCCCAAUGUGAUCAACCACUUCUUCUGUGAGAUGCCUGCUUUGUGGAGGCUGGCUUGUUCUGAUACACAACCGAUUGAACUAACUACCCAGGUGGGAUCUCUCUUCUCUCUCCUUGCUCCUAUCAUAUUCAUUUUUGUUUCCUAUGUGCACAUCCUGGCUGCCAUUUUGAAGAUUAACUAUUCUGGAGGCAGGCAGAAAGCCUUCUCCACCUGCUUCUCCCACCUGGUGGUGGUGGCUUUGUUCUAUGGUACUGCUUUCUUCAGGUACAUACAGCCCAUGUCCCUCCGCACUCCUGUGCUGAACAAGGUGAUCUCGCUUUUCUACACUGUUCUCACCCCCAUGUUAAACCCCAUCAUCUACAGCCUGAGAAACAGAGAGGUCAAGAUGGCACUAGUAAAAAUGCUUAGAAAUGUAAGUUUCCCCCAGGCAACUGAAUGUGGGGUUUUCAAAGGCACCUAA